GACGUCACCUCCGGCUUUGACGUCACUCCGACAGGGCGAGCGAGCUGAGCGGCUGCUUCUAUCUCUUGCGCCCCCAACAGGAACUAUGAGGUUCUUCAAGAGAGCGCAGCAGUUGCAAGCGACGCUGGAGACUCCGAAUUCGUCAACAGUGGAGUUGCCAAUGCCGGAGAACGAUAUGCACCAGCUGUCUCAGGAGGUGUCGAACCUGCGGGCCAACCUGGGCAGGGCACGAGCGCACUUUAACACCCUGCGUGGCGCCCUGAGCCAGAAGGAUAAGAGCCUCCACGAGAUGCUGCACCAACUAGAGAUCCAGCGAUCUGAGGAGCUACGGGUGCACUCGCAGGCCAUCGACAGCCUGCAGGCGGAGUUGGAGGCAGCACGGCGGGGUGAGCGGGAGGCCGAGGAGCGUUCCGUGCACGACGCCAACGCCGCGUCAUCGGAGCUGGCAGAGUUCACGAUUAGGACUGAGCGGUUUCAGGAGCAGCUGAGACAGGACCACGAGGAGACUCUGAAUCUGGCACGCAUGGAGCUGGCCGAAUAUCGUGCAUCGCACACGCACGCCGACUCAGAGUACGACUCUCACGUCGUGCACAUCGCGGUCCUGCAGAAGGAGCUGAAGGAGCGUGACGAGCUGCUGCAGCGCUCUGAGGCCGACCUGGUGGUGGCACAGGAAGUGGCACAAGAGCGUGGCACUGAAGCCGAGCGGCUGGGCGCUGAGGCCGCGGAGCUGAGUGCGACCGUGCGUGACCUCUAUGCCAACCAAGAGGCGCAGCAAACUGAGGUGGACACCCUGCGGCAUGAAGCGCUGGAGUUGCAGCAACGGCUGCAGGAGACCAACACUUGCUUCGAGGAGACUGCCAAUUCUCUGGAGCAACAGCAUCAGCUUGCAGAGCUGUCUCAGGCAGAACUGGUGGCGUUGCAGGCGCGGCUAGGCGAGCACAAGGUGGAGUGCGAGCGGAUGCUGCAGAAUGAGAAGUGCCGUGCCCAGGAAGAGCUCGACAACACCAGGGGCAAGAUGGAGUUCAUCAAGGCUGAGCUAGGAGUCUCCAGGGCAGAGGAGGCUGCGACGGCACAGGAAGUGGUGCGGCUGCAGUACACAGUUCAUCACACGGAUGCGGAGAUGAAUUUCAUGCGCGGCCAGAUUGACGGGCUGCAGCACCAGCUCAUCGAGAACAACAAGCAGCUGGGAUCCCUGCAGGCGGGGAUUCUGGGCUACCAGCGCAUGGUGGCAGAGCUGCAUGCUGCGCUGGGACCAUCCCACGAAAACCUGCAGAGCUUGCACGCACAGCUGCAGGAUCUGCAAGUGCUGUACCAGCAGAGCGAGGCGAAGCUCAUUGACAGGAAUUGGCAGCUGGAAUCUCUGCAGGCAGAGAUUCAGUGGUACGAACGUGUGGUGGUGGAGCUGCACGCCGAGUUGGCGCCCUACCGCGACAACAGGCAGAGCGCACACUCAGAGCAGCAGCAUCUGCAGAGCGAGGUGGAGCUUCCUACGGUUGAGGAAGAGGACAUCUCUGGCUGCUCACUGGAGCCCAGCGUUCAAGAAGCCUCCUAAGACCUGCCCCCCAAGGCCUCCAACACCCUCUGCGCCUCUCACAUUGACUAACACACGCACAUAUCGACUGACACACACACACACACAUCGACUCACACACACACACACAUGGACUUACACACACAAUUACAUUCGGACUUAUACACACAUAUCGACUAAGACACACACACACGUGGACUUACACACACACAUGGACCCAUGCACACACAUCGACUUACACACACACAUCGACUCACACACACUGCCCUACACACACACAUACACAUAUGGACUCACACACACAGACAUCGACUUAAAAUACACACACAUGGAGUUACACACAAAGACAAAGAUCCCCCGUAUAGCAACAGACUGUAGGGGCAAGUGCUGUUAGCGAGCACCUAUAAAGGCCGGAAUAGCACACGAGGGGGUGGGUGGCCAGCACCACGCCCGGCCGGCUUUGUCUCCCCAGUGGCGAUGUUUAUGCACUGCACCAGGUACUCAUUUCAGGCUGAAUCGACCUAGGGGAGGCCCAGGAACGAUUCAGAAAAUUGUCACUGGUGUUGGCCAUGAGUGAGAAUUGAACUGGGUUUGUAGUGCAGCGCGCAAACUGUUACAGUGCCGCUCCCCACACACUCACAUUCACAUACACACACAUGUGCGUGUGCACACCUACAUUCACUUCCAGCACGAGGCUGACUCAUGGCAUCUCGUGGAGGAUCGCUGCACUGAACAAAAUAGUUCCACAGUUCAGUUUGCAAGUGCGAGUUUGCGUUUUAAGUCAAUGGUAACCGAAAAUUUCAUGGAAACAGGUUCGUCGGUCGGGUAUUCCGAAGUCAGGUGUUCAUAAGUUGAUGACUGCCUGUAUCCACUUCUUUUUCAUACUAAUGGUUGUACAGUAUGGAUGCGUACUGGGUUACGGAGCAUCCUCUAUUUAGGGACUGUACCACGUUACGAUCCACCAUCCCACCUCUAAUAGAAGUACCUACUACUACUAGACCAUCUGCUCCCCUCUGCUACGUGCAUCUCACUCCCCGUGUUUGGUUGGAAAGCGAUCUUAAUCUGAUAUUUUAAUGCAGCUUUUGGGUUAAUUCAUAUAUGUGGGUUGUAUGGAUGGUGGUCGUCCAUCCAAGCACUAUGGAAGUUCAGCCAUGCUUUUCUUCCAAGAUCUGAGAUGAUUGGGUGCAUUCUGGUCAUUUGGUCAUAGGUGGUGUAUGGACAUCUGUGUAAAAGAGCUUAAUAGCUCAUUACAUUGCUCAAUUAUAAAUAAAGAUUGCGAUUCUAUGUGUCUGUUGUUGCAUCUGUAUGUUAUACAAUAACCGCACGCAAUCGUUAAAAUGCUUUUCUGUGUUUCUUUGCCGCCGUUUUCCCGUGGCCCACAGCUCAUUGACAGGAAUUGGCAGCUGGAAUCUCUGCAGGCAGAGAUUCAGUGGUACGAACGUGUGGUGGUGGAGCUGCACGCCAAGUUGGCGCCCUACCGCGACAACAGGCAGAGCGCACACUCAGAGCGAGGUGGAGCUUCCUCCGGUUGAGGAAGAGGACAUCUCUGGCUGCUCACUGGAGCCCGGCGUUCAAGAAGCCUCACUGCCCCCCAAGGCCUCCAACACCCUCUGCGCCUCUCACAUUGACUAACACACACACAUAUCGACUUACAAAUACACAUCGACUCACACACACGCAUGGACCUACACACACACGCAUGGACCUACACACACAUAUGGACUUACACACACAUAUGGACUUACACACACACACACACGGACUCACACACACACAAAUACAUACAGACUUAUACACACACAUAUCGACUAAGACACACACACGUGGACUAACACACACACACACUGCCCUACACACACAUACACAUAUGGACUUACACACACAGACAUCGACUUUAGAUACACACAGAAAGACAAAGAUCCCCCGUAUAGCAACAGACUGUAGGGGCAAGUGCUGUUAGCGAGCACCUAUAAAGGCCGGAACGGCACACAAGGGGGUGGGUGGCCAGCACCACGCCCGACCGGCUUUGUCUCCCCAGUGGCGAUGUUUAUGCACCGCACCAAGUACUCAUUUCAGGCUGAGUCGACUUAGGGGAGGCCCAGGAAAGGUUCAGAUAAUCGUCACUGGUGUUGGCCGUGAGCGGGAAUCAAACGCGGGUCGCCAGGUUCAUAGCGCAGCGCGCUAACUGCUACACUACCGCUCCCCACACAAAUAUCCCCCGUGUAGCCUUAACAGACUGUAGGGGCAAGUGCUGUCAGCGAGCACGGCACACGAGGGGUGGGUGGCUAACACCACGCCCGGCCGCCUUUGUCUCCCUAGUGGCGAUGUUUACACACCGCACCAGGUACUCAUUUUAGGCUGAGUCGACCUAGGGGAGGCCCAGGACCGGUUCUGAUAACCGUCACCGGUUUUUGCCGUGAGCGGGAAUCGAACCCGGGUUGCCGGGUUCACAGCGCAGCGCGCUAACCGCUACACUACCGCUCCCCACACACACUCACACACACAUAAACGUACACACACACAUCGACUCACACACAUAUGGUCUCAUCACACACACAUACACAUCGACGUACACACAUAUCGACUGACAUAUGUAAUAUAGCUCGCAGAGACGACGUCGUCUCUUCUGUUUGUUUAUUAUCAAAUAAAUAUCAACCAAUAACUCAA